AUGGGACUUGAAAACUGGACCUCAGUGACUGAGUUCAUACUGAUUGGCCUUUCCAACAAUCCUGAGACCCAGAAGGUUCUAUUUACAAUAUUCCUGGUAAUCUACCUGCUGAUCUUGGCAGGGAACAUACUCAUUGUGAUCACCAUUGCACUGGACCAGGGCCUUCACACCCCCAUGUACUUCUUCUUGAGCAACCUCUCUUUCAUUGACAUCUGCCACUCCACUGUCACGGUGCCCAAGAUGCUGGUUGAUUUCCUGUCAACUGAGAAGACCAUCUCAUUUGGAGGCUGUGUAGCUCAGAUGUUUUUCCUUCAUCUCUUUGCCUGCACUGAGAUCUUUCUCCUUACCAUCAUGGCCUACGAUCGCUAUGUAGCCAUCUGCAACCCAAUGCACUAUCUCAGUAUCAUGAACCAUAAGGUCUGCCUGCUCUUGGCAGGCACAAUCUGGCUUGGUGGUACCAUCCAUUCCCUUGCUUUGACUGGCAUGACAAUCAGACUCCCCUAUUGUGGCCCUAAGAUUGUGGACAACUUCUUCUGUGAUGUUCCUCCAGUCAUAAAGCUUGCCUGUACUGACACAUAUGUCAUUGAGAUCCUGAUUGUGUCCAACUCAGGCCUGAUCUCCGUGGUCUGCUUCGUGGUGCUCGUGGCCUCCUAUGGCGUCAUCUUGGUCUCCCUCCGUACCCGUUUGGUUGCGGGUCAGCGCAAGGCACUCUCCACCUGUGCAGCACAUUUGACAGUGGUGACUCUCUUCCUGGGACACUGCAUCUUCAUUUAUUCCCGUCCUUCCACAAGUUUGGCAGAGGACAAGGUGGUCUCAGUCUUCUUCACCGCAGUGACUCCACUGCUCAACCCCAUUAUCUAUACCUUGAGGAACGAAGAUAUGAUACGGGCCAUGAAAAAAUUGCUUGGCCGGAAGGUAGACACAGAGAAGUGA